AUGUCAUUUUUCGGUUUCGAUCCUACGCGGCACAACGCUUCCGCGCCGGGCUUCUCCCAGAUUAAUGACCCGUUUGCGGGACUCUCUAAUGCUGGUGUCGUUGCCGACGAAGCCCUCGAUUUCGACGAAUACGACGGCCUUGGCGACAACCUCGAGGAAACCGGUGAUGCCUUCAACGAUGACACGUUUGGUGAUGGCGCAAACGACGCCGGGCCAAGCAUCUCGUCCAAAGUAGGCAGCGACUUCGACUUCUUCGGCCAGACGGCUAAAGUAGCCGAUGCCAUAGAAGAAGAGCAUGCUCGCUUCCACCGUCUACAGCCGAUGGCGAAAGCUGCCGCAAGUCAUGAAAGGGCUGCACCCCAAAACAACCAGGGCUAUGCUUUCUUCGCGCCAUCUUCUUCUAGGCCUGCUCGGUCUGGCUAUGAGAAGUACAAGGAGCCGGAACCAGAGAUGGAGGUUGAUGCUGCCCUGUGGGGAGUAGCCCCGAAAAAGCCUGCUUUGUCUUCAUCGUUUGGUCAAGAUCCCAAGGCUGCCGCACCUGGCGGCCGUAAAAUAAUGAGUUUGGAGGAGGUUGAGGCCGCCAUGCGUGCAAAGUCGAAGCCUGCAGUAUCUCAGCCCCAGGACUACCAACAGCAGGUGCUUUCUUCUGUGGCACCUGCUCAGCCGACGGACUACGGGUAUGCUGUCCUCCCAGAAUUUGCGGCGCUGGGAGAUGCCAGCCAGCGACAGGGACACCCGAUCUCCAUCUUGCAACGUCCUCAGUCGCAGCAGAUGACUCCCGCAACAGCUCAGGCCUCCAGCCCGGCUCAAAUCCCACUUCAAUAUCAACCUACUGCAUUUCACCAGGCUCCCGGCCCGGUCCAGCCAACGCAGAUUCUUCAGAACCCUGACCGGCUCUCUGGAGGAGAGAACUUUGGUCUUCAGGGCUAUCCUACUCAUCAACGCCAACAAAGUUCGCAUUCUGGACCUGGACACAUCAUCACGCACCCAUCGCAAGUGGCGAACCUCUCUGACGAGGAAAAGGCAGCGUACUUGGAGCAGGAGGCCAAGCGGGCAAAGCGAAACCACAAGAUAUUUAUCUUGUCGAAGGACAAUGGUUUGAUGACGCCCCAGGACAAGAGCUUUGUGACCAGAAUUCAACUCCAGCAACUGGUGUCUGCAACGGGCAACCCCAAUGAGCACGGCACCGACGAAGCUCUGAGGGAGGAUUUUUACUAUCAGGUCCUGAGCCACAUUCGUGGCAGCAGUCGCCAGCACCCUAGCCAGCCUCUAAAUAACUUCGCCCAGACUUAUCUCUUUCAAACGGGCAGCCGAAUGAACUCGCGCAGGUUUCUCAACCGUGAGCGUGGAGCUGAGAAUCACAUGCAGCGCAUGGAGCAGCAGGUACAGCGGGCUGUCGAGGCCGCGAAGAACAGGCCAAAAAACAAGCAGCUGGUUAUCGAGGGGUCGCUAGGCAAGAUCUCUUUCAGCAAUGCCAAGACGCCCAAGCCACUGUUGAACAUCAAGCGUGAAGAGAACGGCAGUGCGGCGGGAAGCCCUGACGUGAACCACCGUCCUGUCAGUGCGCAUAAGCAGUCUCCCACUAGCACUGGCGCCCGUGCCGUGGAUCGGAAGUCGGUUUUGAGCAGCAUUGAGAAGGUGUACAUGACGUUGAUGCAGCUGGAGGACCACGGCCGCAAGAUGCCGCCACCGGUGUCGGACCCGAACGACAUUGACCUGAUGCAACGCCAGCUUGAGUGGUCGGAGACGGCCCAGCACCUGAGCGCCCAGCUUUGGCGUGAGCUCAAGGUGCACGAGCCGAUUGGAGAGUUUCCUGUCCACCCGUUCAUUGCGUUCCUGUCUAUUCCCAAGGGCAAGAAGGCGAUCCCCCGCGUGUUUCAGCAUCUGUCACAUGAGCUCCGGGCGACGGUGUUGACAAUGAUUGUGGUGCACCUGGAUCAGCUCGACAUUGUUCGCCAGGCGCAGGUUAACAACGAUGUUCAGCUGAAUGCUGCGCUCCGCGAAAGCAUUGAUCUGUUUAUGCGAACUGUCAUGAACACCCUCUUUGGCUUCAUGAACGAUCUCCCGCUGGAUCUUGUCACAGGCGUCCUGGGCCUUAUCACCAACCUCAAAGUAGACGUGAUUGCAAAGUCGCGCGUCGGUACCUCCGUUCUGACUAUGAUCCUUAGCCGCGCCGAGAUUCUGAAGCAGAGUGGCGCUGGUACCUCUCAACAAUGGCAGACUUGGGAAAUUGCAUACACCAACUUCUUUAACGUCCUAGAGCCAAUUCUCCCUUAUAUUUUCCCGGGAACGGUUUCCUCUGGCGAGGACAUGUAUGUGUGGCAGCUUCUGGCAGCUCUUGGUAUCGGUGCAAACCCGGACCAGCAGCAGCGCCUCGUGCUGUCUGUCAAGGACCGGGUCAUGGACACGGUCGCCGUGGCAAAGACGCUGCCGGUCGAUCUGUCGACGCAACGUCUGCAGAAUGUGAACCUCUUCAUGCGGUCCAUUGGGCUGGACGUGGAGCUUCUGCAAUGA